CUUCUCCACCACGGGCAGGAAGCCGGCAAGAGACAGACCGGCCACCUCUCACGCUUAUCUUCUUCGGUCGCUGUCGCAAGGACGUGACAACUUGGUAUCAGAGACACCACCAUCCAUGGGCUCCGGGGCCGAUCACGACCAGUUCAAGAAACUCCUCGCCGAACAACAGGAGCUGCUGCGCACUGAAUUUCAAACAAAUUUCUCCAACAUCCAGUCUACCCUGACCGAUGUCACCACAGCAUUAACCGGUGUGAUGAAUCGGCUGACGCGAUUGGAACAGGCUAAGUCGGUGGCAGUUUCAGGCAACGCGGACGAGUCGGCCAAUGAUUCCCAAUUAGAUGGCAUCGACCCACCGGCGGUCACCGAUGAUGCUACUCGGACCAUGGCUGCUUCAAGUGUGAGGAAGACACCAGGCGACAGGGCUAUUCUAGGCGGUCCUGGAAUAUUGCAGAAUCCCGGCUUGGCGUCCCGAGGCACCAACUUUCUGCCCGCGCAUCCGCCGGGGGAUCGACGGCAGUAUUCUCGCCGAGACCAAGAAGAUGUCACAGAGGGCGUUUCAGGAGGCAUACCCAAAUUCUUCAAGCUGGAUUUUCCUACAUAUGAUGGCAAAGAUGAUCCUCUUCCGUGGCUCAAUCGUUGCGAGAUGUUCUUCCGUGUCCAGCAAACAGAAGAACGCCAUAAAGUGUGGCUUGCAUCUUUCAAUAUGGACGGCGACACUCACCACUGGUACGCCCAUCUGGAACGAGUUCGCGGCGAGCCACCGUGGCCAGUGUUCAGGCAGCUCUGCAACGCACGUUUUGGGCCACCUAUUCGAAGCAAUCCACUGGGAGAACUCCGACUCCUUCGUCAAACAGGAUUUGUUAAUGACUACCAAUGUCGUUUCUUGGCCCUGCUAAGUCGUGCCGAUCCUUUGACAGAGACACAAGAGCGGCAACUUUUCACAUCUGGCCUUGCUGACGAGAUUCGUAUUGAUGUCGAGCUCCAAGACCCUAUGGACCUUGAGCACGCCAUGAGUCUGGCCCGUGCCUAUGAGAAGAAGGCGACGCGUUAUGGCCGCGGUGCGAACACGCGCAUACCACCGCGCAGCAUCCCUUUGUCUGCUUCCGGCGCGACGCCGAUACCUUCCACGGGCGACGGCGCGCACCUCCAGCGGCCGAUCAAGCGUCUGACGCCGUCUGAGAUGGCAGAACGUCGCCGCUUGGGUCUGUGUUUCAAUUGUGACGACAAGUUCACACGUGGCCACCGGUGUGCCCACCUCUUCUAUGUCGAGCUCGAUGACACCACGAUGGACGACGGUAUUAACGAAGAUCACGAAGAGCCAGCAGAUGAACCGCAUAUCUCUCUUUACGCGGUGGCAGGUGUCCAGUCCGCAGGCACCGUCCGUCUCCGGGUCACUUUGGCUGGUCAAGCGCUGCUGGCACUGGUGGACUCAGGAUCGUCUCACAACUUUAUACGAGACAAGGUAGCAGUAUGUCUGGGGCUGCAUCUCCACACAGUGCGCACAGGCUUAUGCGUGACCGUGGCUAACGGUGAUCAGCUCCGCGCCACAGGUGUUUGCCGAUCUCUAUCAAUUGGCGUUGGACAGGAGGUGUUUAAGCUGGAUUGUUUUGCAGUCGCCGAGUAA